AUGACUAGUAAAUUAGUAGGUAAGUUGGAGGGUGAAUUCAGGCUGAAGUCUGAUGCUGAUGAGUUCUUCCAUAGCUUUGGCGCUGAAGCACACCAACUCCCAGAUCUUGUGAAUGAGAAAGUUAACAGGAUUGAAGUGCAUGAAGAUGGGAAAGUUGAGGUAUACAAAGAGAGGCUCAAAAUUGACGAGGAGAACAAGACCAAUGCUGCUGAGGCAAUAGAUGGAGAUUGUAUGAAGCACUACAAGAACUAUAAAGCAACGUUACAAGUUAUCUCCAGAGGUGACUCCAGCUUUGCCAAAUGUACCAUUGACUAUGAAAACUGA